AUGGCGGCCCCUCGCCCUGGGGGAGGGAGGGGCGCGCCGCGUUCUAGAGGCCACGCCCCCGGGCUGGGAGGCCACGCCCCCGGUCUGAGAGAUUACGCUCUCGGGUUGGGAGAUUACGCCCCUUGGGGGCUGAAGGCCACGCCCCCAGGUGGUGGGAACAACGCCCCCGGUGCUGCGAGGCCACGCCCACGGGAAAUGAAGCCGCGCCCCAACCGGAAACACACUCUCAUUCCAUGUCUUGGUGACCCUGCAAAACCUUCCCACAGUUUUGCAGCGAGCAUUUCUUCCUGCCAUCUAGGUGCUGCAGGGUCAGAGACUGAUUCAGCUUAUGUCAGAGUGGCAAGGCAAGGAGUCAGACCUGAGCUACUGAAAUGCUACACUCCUAUGACUAUGAAGUCCUCUCCAGCAGGAUGUGCUAACUGGUACUUGCACUGCUCCAAUCCCCCAGCACCCAAUAAGCCAUGGAGCUCUGUUUCCUCUCUACCAGAUUACAUGAUUCAUCGAGAGUUUAAGGCUGAUGGCCAUCAUGGUAAUAGUUACGAGACAAGAAGAGGGCCUUCUGAUUUUGAUAUGAAAAGUGUUUGGCAGCGGCCUGCCAAAGAAAACACAAAGAAAAUCAAAGAAAGAGAAGCCUCUGUAAAGCUCCCAGCUAUAAACCCCGAAUAUCCGAGCAGAAUGCCAAAUGUUCCUACAAACAAGGAAUUUAGCAGGAAAAAUAACCUUUCCUUUCCACCUCUAUCUGUUCAGAGAAAAAGUGAAGCAUUAAGCUUUAGCAAUUUAAUUAGCAAUAGUUAUGGGAUUGACUGGUUUCAACAGCGUACUGGAUGGGAAGAAAAGGUUCAAGAAACAUGAGAAAACAGUGAGCAGACCAAAAGUAAAAUUAUCGAAGGCUGCUUCUUUCAAAAUGAGUUGGGAUCUCAAAAUUCAGAGACAUCGCAGUCUGAAUCAGCACCUGCAAGCAAUGAGUUGAGGCCUCUGUAUCUGGGAUGGGAUAAGUAA